AUGAGUGUUUCGCUGAGCACAGCUGAUGAUAGCAAAGCUAGUAAGGAAGUCUCUCAGACUCCUAAGCUGCUCUCUAAUAAGGAGCUCAAAGAAAUGAAAAAGAGAGAGAAAGCUGCGAAGCGAGCAGCAGAGAAAGAGAAAUUAGGAAUCACUCCAGAACAGCAAUCUCAAAUUGCAAGUCAAAAGAUGGAUAAGAAGAAACAGCAAACUGCUACAAGUACGAAUUUGAAGAAGCAAUUGAACCAAAGCUUAAUUAAAGAUGAUAGAGUUAAAGUGCCAUCGUUGUUCAGCCAUUUAGAAACACGAGAGCAGAGAAAUGCAUCAUCGCCAUCGAUUUACCAUAUAAUACAUCCUGCAGUAUUGUCAUUGACAAUAAAAUACUCCACCUAUAAGAUUGUUGGCUCUGUAGCUAGAUUGAAGAAUAUGUUGAAGGUUUUUAAAAUUGUGAUUGAAGAUUACAAAACGCCUGAAAAUACCACAUUAACAAGACAUUUAACUGGGCAUCUAUCUAAUCAAAUAGAAUACUUGAAGACAGCUCGGCCUUUAUCAAUCUCAAUGGGUAAUGCUAUUAGAUGGCUAAAGCAAGAAAUUUCUCAUAUAUCCAUUGACACAACUGAGAGCCAAGCAAAGGCAAUCUUGUGUCAAAAGAUCGAUGAUUUCAUAAAGGAGAAAAUAGAGCUUUCAGAGCAAGUUAUCAUUGAAAAUGCGUCGAAGCAUAUUACCAAUGAUUCGACGAUCUUAACCUUCGGCCAUUCACAGGUCUUAGAAAAGCUUUUUAAGUACUGUGUCCUCAAACAAAAGAAGAAUUUUACUUUAAUAGUGGUUGAUUCCAGACCACUCUUCGAAGGUAAGAAACUAUUGAAGAACUUGGUCAAAUGCACUGUUCCUGAAGACAGUAACGAGCAUGGCAUCGAGAAUGGUACAACUCAUGGAAUCAAUGCACCUAUCACCAAACGAUAUAUCAGGGCGCAUUAUGUAUUAAUAAACUCAUUGUCUUCUACUUUGUUAGAGGAUGUUGAUUGCGUUUUUCUAGGAGCUCAUGCAAUGUUAUCAAACGGACGUCUUUAUUCACGAGUUGGUACCGGAUUGAUUGCAAUGAUGUGUCAUACAAGGAAUAUUCCUGUUUUAACUUGCUGCGAGUCAGUCAAAUUCUCUGACAAAGUCCAGUUGGAUUCAGUUACUACCAAUGAGCUAGCAGAUGCUGAUGAUUUGCUCCAGCUGGUUAGUUCUAAGAAGCCUCCUCAAAAGAAGGCUUUUGCCACAGAACAAUUCUUAAAGCAAUGCGACGAAGAGAAUAAGAAAGGAAAAGAUGACGCUAGGAUUAAAGGUAAGAACCAUCAGAAGAAGGAGGCCUCCACUAAUGCUACAAAAAUCGAAAGCGAUGAAACAAUCUUGAAAGAUUGGAAAAGUAUUCCAAAUUUAAACAUUUUAAAUAUAAUGUAUGACCUCACUCCUCCAGAGUAUAUCAACAAGGUCGUCACAGAGCUAGGUGCAUUGCCACCUUCGUCAGUUCCCGUCAUCUUGAGAGAAUAUAAGAAUACAUAG